AUGAACUGGACGCUCAAGGAGCAGAAUCUGCUGGUAACUGCGUGCGAGCAUGCACUACGCGUACACCCAAGCGAGUCGUUAGCCGAGCCUUCUCGUCCGUUCCUCGACAGUGUUCAUGGUUACUUUGUCACGCUCAGCGGCAGCUCAAAGCGAAGCGAGAGAGCUACAACCACCAAGUUGAAGCAGCUUGCGAAGUCUUGCGUUAGGUGGAAGUCCACGCAGCAACUGAGUCAACGCGCCGGGGCAACGCGUAAACGUCAGAAGCAACCGCGCAGAGCCGGUGGUGGCAAGAAGCUUCAUGAAGCAUUGUCGACGCUUGCUCAAAAGCACGCGACGUUACUGGAUGGAGUCACCCCAAUAGAUACGCAACUGCUGUCUAGUGGGGCUGUCUGGACGGUGGCAGAGCUUGAGCGGCUUGUGAGGGCCUACGUGGAUGUUCGCUCUCGUGCUGGAUCGGGAAGAUCCCCCGGCGUCGGAAAGAAACUGUGUUGGAAGUAUCUUGAGCUGGGUGGCGAUACUGGACGAACCCAAGAGGCGAUGACGACAAUGUUUAGACUGAUGCUGAAGGCAAGAGAGUUUGUGUUGGCGAUCGGUUCCUGGAGUUCGUGGCUGUUGUUGUCCGACAUGGAUCGUCGCAAUCGGUCGCAGCACUGUGGCAAGGAGUACAAGUUCCUGUUGCCGCGCAUGAACGAAGCUAUGUUUCGUUCGCUGGAUGAAGCGGCAGCGCUUUCGGACAAAGCAUCUUAUGUAUCGCGGGACGCGAGCAGAGAUACCGAGGGUGAGGGCGUGCUGGGCAAUCAAGAGGCAGAUCCAGGAGUCCAUCAGGGUGAGGCUCAGUCGAGUAUGCAAGUUGCACCCUUGCAGGGACCAGAUAACAAUAUCAUGGAGGAAGAAAUGCCCAGCCAAGAAGAGCUCGAACCUGAGGGCGGGUCGCAGCUUAGCGUUGCCAACUCCUCAGCGACCAUGCAGCAAGAACCAAGUGACGAAACGAUGGAGGAAGAAGCGAGCACUGGUGAAGAACGCGAACCCGCUAGCGAGAGUGAGCCGCAGGGGGCCGUUGGUGAUAACUCGAUGGCGGCAACACCGCAUGAUUCGAAUGAUGGCGCGACAAGUGCAGAGGUGUUGACCGGUGGAGGUCGUCAGUGUGAACGCGAAUCUGUGGGCUUGACCAGGUGA